AUGCCAUUCAACAGGUUCAGAAAGCUUAGAAGACUCAUACACUUCACAUCAGAAGAGGACGCAUCUGACAGAUAUGCUAAGCUUCGGCCGGUCUUGGAAAAAGUACGACAAAACUGCUGCAGCAUCCAGCAAGAGCACCAGCAGUCCGUCGACGAGAUGAUGGUGCCAUACAAAGGAACACGAGCAGGGAAGCUAAGGCAGUACCUGAGGAAUAAGCCUAACAAGUGGGGUUUUGAAUUAUUUGUGCAUGCAUGUGUAUCAGGAAUGGUGUAUGACAUCCUCCCGUAUGCUGGAUCUGACACCUGUUACUCCACCACAUUCACCGAGGAAGAGGAGAGCCUGGGCCUAGGUGCAAAAGUUGUCAUCGCCUUGUGUAAAACUCUUCAACAGCCACAGCAAAGUGUAGUGUACUUUGACGACUUUUUUUGUAGCCUAGAACUUCUGAAAUACCUCAACAAGGUGAAAGGUGUGCGGGCUCUUGCGACUAUUCGACCGCAAAGGUUGAGAAACUGUGCGCUAAAGGAGGAUAAAAAGCUGAAAGAUGAGGGCUGUGGUUCAUACGACUUCAGGUCAGACAAGGACAGUGAAGUCACUGUUGUGAAAUGGCUGUACACAAAAGCAGUCUACGUCGCCUCAACGUCGAGAGGUGUAGAGCCUCUUGGCACCGUCAAGAGGUAUGUCAAGGAGCAGAAAAAGAAAGUGCUUGUUCCUGCUCCACGUAUCAUCUUGGAGUAUAACACACAAAUGGGGGGAGUUGACCUCGCCGGCAUGUUUGUGGAACUGUACCGUACUCCUUUGAAAUCAAGGAGGUACUACCUGAAGCUUUUUGCCCAGCUCAUCGACAUAUGUGUGAACAAUGCCUGGCACCUGUAUCGACGAGCUCCACGGCGCAUCACAGCCACUGAAGGACUUCAGGGCAACAGGGCAACCGUAACAAAGGCUUUGCUGGCGGCGAACAAAAAGAAAAGUGGACGCCUGUCACCAUCAUGUCAACCACAGCAAAAAAUCAAACGACCGAAGAUACCAAUGCCACAGGAUGAUAUACGCUAUGACGGGGUUGGCCACUGGCAGGGAUUCGCUGCCAAAGGGAGAUGCCGGUACUGCCCAUGGGGGCAAACAAGAAUUAUCUGCACAAAAUGUGGUGUCUUGCUCUGCUUUAUGGCAGACAGGAACUGUUUCCGACCAUUCCACUCCAAGUAG